GCACAAAACGGCUGAAUCCCGUGUGACUGCAAGAAAAGGACACAGACUUUUCGCACGAGGGCUUAACAUUGCACUGUUGCUUCUGCCUCAGCAACGUGCACUUGGAGGCGCUGCCCAAUCUUAAUUUUAACUGUUUUAAAAAAGCCUGAAGCUGGCAGCAGUAAUUGAGACUUCACCGUGACUCCCAAGCGCUGGAGUAAUUCUGACGUUGUUAUGUCCUGCAAGUGGGAUGAUGGACUUCCAACAAUCACAACCUCCUUCAUUUGUGCCAGACCAGUACAUAAUUGGAUGAUGCCGUAGCUAGAUGAUUCUACUCCAAAGGAAACUUCAUACAGAAGAGGAAAUCACGGAUGAGGAACUAAGAUUUAAGAAAUUGAUGCGAUUAUUGGUCUAUCUCUGGACAGCCAUUGUGAUCGGCUCUUCCGCACAAGGUCUGGAAGUUAUUCACAGUGACUAAAGGCGUCAGCCAAUGACUGUUAAGAUGGGCCGCUUUGAACGCAUGAGGAACGUGACAAUCGCUUUUAGCGUUCUGAUUUCUCUGAGUGGGUGCGCCCUGCUUGCAAUAGCAUGCUUGCUAUUGCUUUACCCUGCAGGACCUGGAGACAUUAUCUCAAUCAGCAACGUGAUCUUCAUUGGAACAAUUUACGCCAUAGCCUCGUCCAUCGUGCUGCUUAUCCUCGGAGUCCUCGGGAGCAUUGCCGCUUUCCGGGAGAGCAGGUGCCUCCUCAUGGUCUGUUUCUUACUGAUUCUGCUGAUGUGUAUGGUCGAGCUUACUGCUGGGAUUGCCGCUUUUCUCUUCAGAAAUCACUUAACAAAGAAAUAUUUUGAGGAUGAUCUGGCAAAUUUCUAUACGGGAGACAAUGGGACAAACACUUACACAAAGAGCAGCAAUUCCAUCAUGACCAGGUUUAACUGCUGUGGAGUGAAUGGGCCAAAUGAUUUCCAUAGUGCCGUAAAUUUCGUUUUACUCAACCCUGCCUACGAGGUGCCGGAGGCUUGUUGCAAACGACACAAGGCCGCAAAGAGUGAGGAUGUACUGAACAUACAGGAGUGCACCACUGCUGAAAGUAAAUUCAUCAACAGUCAGGGCUGCUUUGAUCUACUCGCACCCAAAAUGGAGCAGAUUCUUUACCUGACAGGAGGUCUGUCCAUUUGGAUCUUAAUAAUCGAGAUCUGUGUGAUGAUCUUUGCAAUCUGGCUGUUCCAACGAGCGUAGAUGAGUUUACCUGGCCCAGCUGUGCUGAGUGAGACCCUGGACUGUGUUACAUAUUUGACACUGAUGGAUACAGACAGCAGCUUGCUCCCACCUCAGGGACUGGAUUCCCUGGGCUACAGCACUUCAAUGGGACGGGCACUUCAACCAACCACCUAAUUGUGAGAUUAUUAAUUGAGAGCACGAAGCAAGAGAGGGCUGGACCGGGAACUUCACUGGAAGCAGUGAACAG